UUCUCAUUGGCAUGCAAUCAAUCACGAAGAAGACAUUGUUGGUUAGCAACAACUAACUUGGUUAGUGUUUUAGUUAGUUACUGCAUAGCACUGACGUGUCUCGGUCACUAUGUCUUUGAAAUGUGGCUGCCUACUGCCCAGUUAAUCAUCAGUGUUGAUCCUAUAUGAAUCAGACACUAUGGAACCUAUAGACAUCUGGGGGGAUACAGGCCUUCCAACCAUCCAUAACACCUUGACUAAAGCAGAGAGUGCAGAGCAGUCCAUAUGAAGUCAAAAUAGGGUGACAUAAAUUUUCGUAGGUCCCUAAGGUAAGGACAGGCCUACCUCGAUUUGGCGUGGCCUGUCUGUGGGUGGUUGAAGAGAAGGAGAGGCCAAACAACCAUCUUGAAGAGCAAACCCUCAUGAUGACAGAGAAGACACUGGUUUGUCGACCGUCCUGAACUCCUUGACCAUCGCUUAGAAGAGGAGUGCAGAAUUUAGUGUGGGCAAAAAAUUUUUUAUAAGACAGGUCAACCAACUGUCCUUUGUCAUACACAAACAUUCAAUUGGCACGACUGGUAUAAUAGAUGUGCACUGCGUGGGUCCAUGCUAAUAUAAUAGCAGGCGUUAUUCUGUGUUAACUAAAUGUUGUGACUACCUAUAACUGUGAAAUUUUAUUAAUGAAGGGACUGUAGGACUUCCAGUACCAACCUGUCCCAGUAACCGCGUGUAGAACCACAUGCUUCUCUCACUGGCUGUAGUGAAGACUAGACUCACUCUAUUUAAACAAGGCACUCUGCUGAGGUGUAAGGCAGAGUCACAAAAGGUGAUUGUAAAACGUUAUACUGCAGCUCAGAGUUCAAAAGCAAUGUUUCGUCAUCUUUUAUUGGCUGGUCUCCUUUUGUCUCUCGUGCCAUGCUCCCUCCAGGACUCUUUUGAUCAAGAUGUGUCAGAUGCUCUGGAUGAGAUCCUCGAGAUGAUGGAGACACUAGGGAAUGAGUACAGCCACCAAGACAAGCAGUUGAACAAGAUCCACGCGACAUUCAAACUCCUCGAGUACGGUUACAACUCUCUCAGACUGCAGCUGAGUGGCGCAGAAUGCUCCGCUUCUGAGCUCCUGACACUGUCCAGUAGCUCGGCAGGUAGUCUAGACGAUCACGUCGAUUCUUUGGAGUCGGCACUCGAUGACAUCGAAUCUUGUGUCGAAACUGCAGAGUCGGUUCUUGAAGAGAUAAAAGGUCCCAUCCACCCGUGUGGGGAUGGUGUUUGGGAGCGUGUGGUGAAGGAAGACUACUGUUUGGUAGGAGGAAACACCUGUCCAGGAGAUUGGGUGCCAGUUAUGGACAGUGGGAGACAGUUUUGUGGGGGGAUGAGUGUCAGUAGCAGCGCCACAAUGCCCUUUUGUGACUCCGCAACGUUUCAGGUUGGCAGAGAAUACAGCAAAGUCUGUGGGAAGAUUGUGGGCUACGGCUACGGUUCCAACGAAGCCGUUGCGAUCAAUAACAUGGACGACGUUGAAGCAGUGUAUGUUGAUGGUCUCAGCCUCACUCGUGGAAUGGCAGGCUCACGAACACACGUCUGGACUUUCGCAAUCGGCAUAGCUGAAAAUGCAGCAAUCAAU